UUACGGUGCGACAAAGCUGUUGCAUUACACGCAACAUGUAAUCAAAUGUAACUGCUACAUAAUAAAUAAUAUGAUUAGAGACCACAGUAAAAUUGGUCUAUAAUCGUAAGGAUUUUUAAUUAGAACUCUGCAAUUUGUAACAUAAUUGAGAUAAGAGGCCUUUCUCGAUACUCUCCUGUUAUUCUGUUAGUGUACUUUGGAAAUCGAAGUACUAUAGCGGUUUACGCGGCAGAAAUGGAUUUUAUGGAAAACCGAACGAAGUUAAAGAAAAUUAAACCUAAUAAACAUUUAGAAAAUAGCUUGUCGAUUAUUUAUUAUAUGGGUAUGUGGCCCUCGGAGUCGAAAUACAAACGUUUGUACAUGUUAUACACGGUAUUUAGUUUUAUGUUUUUAUUGGGAAUUUUUCUUGCUAGCCAAAUCGCGUAUAUUAUCGUGAAUCGAAAAAGUGUGGACAAAAUAAUAGCCGGUGCUACUUUACUUAUGACAAAUGCUACUCAUGCUUACAAGGCGAUACUUAUAAUUUGCCAUCAUAAGCGUAUCAAAGAUCUUACAGAUAUAACAAGAAGCGAAACGUUUAUUCAAGAUAAUGGCAAAUACGAGAAAAUUGUAAGGCAUUACACUUGGCAAGGAGUUUUUCAUCAUAUUGCUUAUCAAAGCUUCGGUUUAAUGGCGGUGAUAUCUUGGGGUGUUACGCCGGUUUUAAAUCUACUUACUCAGAGAUCCAAAGAAUUGUCAAUGGAAGGAUGGUAUCCUUAUAAUACAUCGUCGACACCGGCCUUCGAAAUUACUUCUUCGUAUCAAGCUGUAGCUAUUUUUCUUUGCUGCAUUAAUAACGUAGCAAUUGAUACUUUGAUUACUGGUUUAAUCACGAUUGCUUGCUGCCAAUUAGCGAUCUUGAGUUCCAAUAUUGCGUCGUUGAACUGUGCAGAAAAUACGGAACCAAUUGGCAUAAAUAAUAAUACCGACCUUGAGAUAUCUACCUCAAAAAACUAUAAUAAAUUAUACGAAGAUUUGAAAUCUUGCGUCGAACAUAGUAACAUGAUAUUUGAUUUCUCGAAACAGAUUCAAGAUACUUUUGGCACUGUGAUAUUUCUUCAAUUUUUAGUCAAUUGUAUUAUUAUCUGUUUAAUAGCAUUCAAUAUAGCACAGAUGAAAGAUUAUAUUCCAUACGUUUUAUGUGGUAUGUUAAUGUACAUGUGUUGUAUGACAUAUCAAAUUUUUAUCUACUGCUGGCAUGGAAAUGAACUUUACCUUCAUAGUAUGAAUGUAACUUUUUCUGCUUAUGCGAACAAUUGGUGGUAUAAUAGUAAGGAUUUUAAACAAGCCAUAUGCAUUAUAAUGGUAAGAGUUCAACAGCCUCUUAUCCUGACUGCUGGGAAUGUUAUGCAAUUAUCUUUACAAACGUUUGUUCGAAUCUUGCGUAUGUCAUAUUCCAUUUUUACUGUUCUACAAAGUUCUGCAAAUAGUUGAAGGAAUAUUAAUUUAUAAAAG